ACUGGCCGCUGGACGGGGCGGGGGAGCGGGAGGGGGAGUGGCGCUCGCGCACUUCCCGGCGGGCUUUGCGCACGGCUCCGCCCCGCCUUGCUCGGGGCCGGGCGGGGAAGAUGGCGGCGGGGACUGGUAAGCACAAGCUGCUGAGCGCCGGCCCCACCGAGCCCUGGUCCAUCCGCGAGAAGCUCUGCCUGGCCUCCUCCGUCAUGCGCAGCGGCGACCAGAAUUGGGUCUCAGUCAGCAGAGCCAUCAAGCCUUUUGCAGAGCCAGGGCGUCCACCUGACUGGUUUUCCCAAAAGCACUGUGCAUCUCAGUAUUCAGAGCUCUUGGAGACCACGGAGACCCCCAAGAGAAAACGUGGUGAGAAGGGAGAAGUUGUGGAAACUGUGGAAGAUGUUAUUGUGCGGAAACUGACUGCAGAAAGGGUUGAGGAAUUGAAGAAAAUUAUUAAAGAAACACAGGAAAAAUACAGGCAACUGAAGAAGGAUGCAGAGCUGAUCCAGGCCGGACACAUGGAUAACAGACUGGAGGAGCUGUGCAAUGAGAUUAUGAUAAAGAAAAAAAUGGAGGAGGAGGAGGCAGAAGUCAAGAGGAAGGCUACAGAUGCUGCUUAUCAAGCUCGUCAGGCCAUUAAGAAUCCUCCGCGACGACUGACGGGUGUGAUGGUUCGUUCCCCUGCCGGCUCGACCUCCCCAGGAGGGGAAUAUGCACUGGGAGAUCUGUCCCAGCCUGCUGGGGAUGAGGCCAGUCCAGGGGUCACGCCAGGGACAUUGCCCAGCACCCCAGUUGCCUCCUUCAUUGGAAUCCCUGACACCCCUCCAGGCUCUGCUCCCCUGGAUGCCCCCAUGACCCCAGUCACUGAUGAUUCACCCCAGAAAAAGAUGCUAGGACAAAAAGCAACUCCGCCUCCUUCCCCUCUGCUCUCAGAGCUGCUGAAGAAGGGCAGUCUCUUGCCCACAAGCCCCAGGCUGGUCGGUGAAAACGAAAUGGCAGUGGCUUCUGGUCAUAUGAACAGCUCAGGAGUGCUGCUGGAGGUAGGAAGUGUCCUUCCAGUGCUGCACAGUGGGGAAAUGCAGUCAACACCUGGUACUGUCCCUGCAUCUCCUGCUGCUUCAGGUGCUCCUACGCUUUCCCGGCUUUUAGAAGCUGGUCCUGCACAGUUCACCUCACCUCUUGCUUCCUUCUCCGCUGUUGCCAGCGAACCUCCAGCUAAGCUCCUGCCACCCCCCGUAGAGCCUGUGUCCCAGGCAACUAUUGUCAUGAUGCCCACGCUGUCAGCACCAUCCGUUGUGCCACCAGCUGCAGCUCCAGAAAGCGUAGCCACAGUGAGCCAGCCAGAAGCUUGUGUUUCCAUGGAGGCAGUGUCUGAUUCCCACACUGUGACAGUGUCCAUGGACAGCAGUGAAAUAUCCAUGAUCAUUGAUUCCAUCAAGAAAGAGUGCCUGGGUUCUGGGGCUGGCAGCACUGCAGGGUCUUCUAAAGAUCACUGCAUGGAUGGGAAAGAAGAUUUGGAUUUGGCUGAGAAAAUGGAUAUUGCAGUAUCCUAUACGGGGGAAGAGCUGGACUUUGAUACAGUUGGAAAUAUUAUAGCCAUCAUUGAGGACAAGGUAGACGACCACCCUGAAGUCCUGGAUGCAGCAGUUGUUGAAGCUGCUCUGUCUUCUUUCUGUGAAGAUACUGAUGACCCUCAGACCCUUCCUGGCCCAUGGGAACAUUCAAUUCGUCAGGAGCACGAGAAACAGGCCCAGAUACCCCAAGUGUCUGUGACUGUGAAGCAGGAGAGACUGGAGUGUGAGGAGCCAGAGGCAAAGGGAAUUCGAGACCUAAUGGGCAUUGGCGAGUUGGCAUCAGAAAUAAAGACCGAACUUGCAGAGCAGGAGCAGAGUCAGCUGGGCCCUGAGGAAACUAUACCAGCAACGGCAAGAGUGACAGAAACACCAGAGCUUAGAAGUCAAGAGAUAGAAGAAGAUCAAAGAGCAGGUCUAACAUCAGGAGAGACUCCUGAAAUCAAUAUAGAGUCAUCCAAGGGAGAAGAUGCAGUGCUAAAUUCAGUGAAGACAGAGACCCCACCUGAUGAUGAUUCAUCCCCUCCACAAGUCCCAAAUGUGAGUGAAGACUCCUCACAGGCUGAUGUUCAGCACAAAUUUGAGCUGUCAGAGUCAAUGAAGGAGGAGGCUCAAGCCCUGUUUAGGAGUCAGAUGAAGGAUGGGCAGGGUGAGGAGGACGAUGAGGACGGUGCCAGUGAGGCUGCCAGUUUGGAGGAACCCAAAGAGGAAGAUCAGGGUGAGGGAUAUCUGUCAGAGAUGGAUAACGAACCCCCCGUGAGUGAGAGCGACGACGGCUUCAGCGUCCACAACGCGCCUCUGCAGUCCCACACACUCGCCGACUCCAUCCCCAGCAGCCCAGCCUCCUCACAGUUCUCAGUGUGCAGUGAGGAUCAGGAAGCCAUACAGGCCCAGAAGAUCUGGAAGAAAGCCAUCAUGCUAGUUUGGAGAGCAGCAGCUAAUCACAGGUAUGCCAAUGUCUUCCUGCAGCCUGUAACUGAUGAUAUAGCACCAGGCUACCACAGCAUCGUGCAGAGGCCAAUGGAUUUAUCUACCAUCAAAAAGAACAUUGAGAACGGGCUGAUACGAACCACAGCUGAGUUCCAGCGUGAUAUUAUGCUGAUGUUUCAAAAUGCAGUUAUGUACAACAGCUCUGACCAUGAUGUGUACCACAUGGCUGUGGAGAUGCAGCGAGAUGUCCUGGAGCAGAUUCAGCAAUUUCUGGCCACACAACUGAUGAUGCAAACAUCAGAGUCAGGGAUCAGUGCAAAGAGCCUGCGGGGGCGAGACUCCACUCGCAAGCAAGAUGCUUCAGAGAAGGACAGUGUCCCAAUGGGCUCUCCUGCCUUCCUUCUCUCUCUCUUUAUGGGCCAAUCCUGGGAGUCACAGAAUAGUGGCUUCCAGCCUCUUCCCAACUGGGAUUCAAGCUUGGAUCUGGACACAAGGAGCUGGAGAAAUACUGAAGACAUGACUGUGGGGAAGGUAGAGGAGAGCACCCAAGAGGCAGACUGUGAGCUGAAGCUGAGUGAGCCUCUCUGGGAGAAUGACAGUGAAGAUUACCAAGAGGCAGAGAAGCCAUAUGAAAGCAACAAUCUUCUCCAGUUCCUUUUCGAGGUAACCCAGAUGCUGGAAUCUCUCUGCACUGGCAGCACAGAGUCAUCACAGACUCAGUGGGAUUAUUGUGGCUUAGGGAAGCAGAGUGAUGGGGAAGAUGUGAGGUGCCAGGAAAAGACCACAGGAACAGCAGUCUUGGGAGCAGAGAGAAGUCAACUACACAUUCUGGCAGAAGAUGAGAAAGAACACUUCUUGGGAAGAGGGGACAAGACUCCAGAGUCACCUGGAGAACCAGCUUUAGGUGAGCAGGAUGCACAGGAGAUGAGUGCUCAAGCCCAGGACCAAGACGACAGUGGCAGCACCUCUGCAGCCCCAGUGCUGGACUCCACAAGCCCUCCCAACACACACCUGGUGCAGCCAAGCUGGAAUAACCCCCUCCAGCAUUUGCUCCUCAAGAAAACACUCCUGACCAUCUGGAGGAUGAUAGCCAGUCACAGAUACAGCAGCCCAUUCCUGAAGCCAGUGUCAGAGAAACAAGCCCCUGGAUACAGGGAUGUAGUAAAGAGAGGUGACUGCUAAUGACCUGCCAACUUGGUUGGACAGCAAAUGUCGCAUUGGCUGAACUUAACUUUUGUCUGACUUGGAAGAAAAGCCUUUCUCACUCUCCCUCUUUGUCCUGAGCAAUAAAAUUGAUUGAAAAUA